GUUACCCAAAAUUCUUGGGGGGAGGGAGGGUAGCCGCUGGUGUCAGCAACUCGCAGCCAGGCCAUGCUUGCGGUUGUGGAAAAAAAACGAGAGCCUUUAAUUCCUGAUUCCUUCAUAUUCCUCUAUCCUCUGUCCCAAAAGGGAACCCAACUACUACCCAACAGGCGACCGCCAUUUCGUUGACCUGCUGGAGAGAAAUGACCAAUCCUGGUUGGCCCUUUGUUCAUAAUAUCUCGACCAUCUUCGUCUAUGUUCUCCUUGGUAUUGGUUUUGCAACCUGUUCUACAGACCCACUUGUCCAGCAAAAAUUAGACAGGGUUCUUAAGCUCCCAGGACAAACCUUCAACGUCAGCUUUGCACACUAUGCUGGGUACAUCACAGUCAAUGAAGAUUCUGGGAGGGCCCUCUUCUACUGGCUCAUUGAGGCUGAUGAAGAUCCUGAUUCAAAGCCUCUUGUUCUUUGGCUUAAUGGAGGACCCGGGUGUUCAUCCAUAGCUUAUGGGGAGGCAGAGGAAAUUGGACCUUUUCAUAUCAAGCCAGAUGGGAAGACCCUUUAUUUGAAUCCUUACUCUUGGAAUCAAGUUGCCAACAUUAUAUUUCUUGAUUCCCCUGUCGGAGUUGGUUUUUCCUAUUCGAACACCUCCUCUGAUUUGCUGAAUAAUGGAGAUAUAAGAACUGCCGUCGACUCUCUAGCAUUUUUUUUGAAGUGGUUUGAGCGCUUUCCUCAGUACAAAGGACGGGACUUUUAUAUUACUGGAGAGAGCUAUGCCGGACAUUAUGUUCCUCAGCUAAGCCAAGCCAUUGUAAGGUACAACUCAGCAUUUACGGAGAAAGCUAUUAAUCUGAAGGGUUAUAUGGUGGGAAAUGCUCUUACUGACGAUUACCAUGACCACUUGGGGGUUUUCCAGUUUAUGUGGUCAGCUGGUCUGAUUUCUGAUCAAACAUACAGGCGACUGAACCUUCUCUGUGAUUUACAGUCAUUUAUACACACUUCAGCUUCAUGUGAUAAGAUUUUGGAUGUUGCUAACGAAGAACUUGGAGACAUUGACCCUUAUAGCAUCUUCACACCCACCUGCCCUGGUAAUGUGAGCCAGUCGAAUCGGUUGCUGAAAAGAAUCAACAGAAUUGGUCAUGUCAGUGAGCAGUAUGAUCCUUGCACUGAGGAGCACUCUGUUGUGUACUUCAAUCUACCUGAGGUUCAAAAGGCACUUCACGUUGAUCUGGCUCGUGCACCAUCUGAAUGGUCAACCUGCAGCGAGUUGGUAAAUAGUAACUGGAAGGAUUCUCCUAGGACAGUGCUGGACAUUUACCGCGAGCUGAUACAUUCAGGACUGCGUAUAUGGAUGUUCAGUGGCGAUACAGAUGCCAUACUCCCAGUUACAUCCACCCGGUACAGUAUAGAUGCUCUUAAGCUUCCAACCUCGGGACCUUGGCGUGCCUGGUAUGCAGAUGGGCAGGUGGGUGGAUGGACACAAGAAUAUGCUGGGCUUACCUUUGUAUCGGUCCGGGGAGCAGGACAUGAAGUUGCUUUGCAUAGACCAAAACUAGCUUUGGCACUCGUUAAAGCCUUCUUAUCAGGAACCUCCAUGCCAGCCUCGGAACUAGUCAGUUCAUAUUGAUUUUUUUUUUUUCCUUUUCGUAUUCCUGGAAUUGAAAGGAAAGAUGACUGUGAUUUUCUUCCAACUCUUGCAGUGCUAACACUGCAAAUUUAAGGUUAUGGUGUCUUUACUGUGUGGAGUGUUAAUAGCACCUGUAUCCAUUUGCAAAUAAACAAAGCAAUAAUAGCACUUGUUCAAAUUUAACAAGAAA